AUGGUUGAGGGCCUAGUGGCAGCUGGUGCGCGUGUCUAUAUUACCAGUCGCAGUGAGCAGGUACUCAAGGAGGCAUCGCAGUCCCUGACAGCCCAAGGUCCCGGCAAAUGCGACUACAUUGUCUGCGACAUCACGGAUCCUGAACAAGUGCAGCAACUGGCGCACAAGCUUACCGAGCUUGAGCCAAACGGACUACACGCCCUAAUUAACAACUGUGGACGGACGUACGUAGCUAACUACAAUGAUCAUCCUGACGACGAGUUUCUCAUGUCCAAGACACUCCUGCCGCUGCUGAAGCGCGUGGCAACUAAGGAGUGCCCAACGCGUAUAAUCAACAUAACUAGCGCCGGUCUGAUCCAUCUGACCAAGGACAUGGCGCAAAAGUUUGCACCGGACAACAUCACGGUCAAUUCGAUCUCACCAGGCUCGAUUGACUCGCCGAUGCUGCGGGAUACCUUGCCAGAGGACUUCUUUAUGCAGCUGCCAGAUUUAGUUCCGCUGCGCAGGUUAGGAAACACCAUAGGUAUUACUGGAGCUGUUGUGUUCCUUGCCGCCAAUGCACCAGCAAGUGAAUCGGCCGCUACUGCUGCAGUUGCUGCUGUGGCCUCUGUUGCAUCUGAUGGCAUCUUCGCUGCUUCGUGUGCAGCCUUCUCGGCCAAUUUUUUUUGCCCCUUUCUGCUGCUUUCCUUGCCUCUGUUGCUGCCCUCUUUGCUGCGUUGA